AUGGUUCGAAAGAGCUACCACGGUUCUGGUAAACUAUGGGCUCCAGAAGGAACAUGGUGGGGUUUAGUCAAAGUACUGGCCUUGGAAAAAGUUUCCAGACAGAAAAGAUGCAUAGUAAUACAAAAGCAGACAGGUGGCAAGGCGGACAGCGGCGAGGGUUCUGAUGAUGAAGACUACGACUUCAAGAGACCGGAGCCCAAAGCGCCUCUUCCUGACAGACUCCGUAAUGACAAGAGUGAUGGGUUUCAGAGGAAGAAUGAUGUUGAGACUAUUCCUCCUGAAUUACUGAAGUAUAAGGCACCGAGCAAAGCUAUGUAUCGGCGACUGAGGAUGAAGAAUCGGCUGUUAAGAAACCAUUUUGAUAUGGGAAAAGCCUAG